AUAGAUAAAUAUAGAUAUAUAUUUGUUGAAAUCGAUAAGGUUGGAAUAAUUCGUUAAGAUGGGUAGAGGAGCAGGUAAAGGUAAGAAGACGAAGCGCAAAGUUCCCAUCGAUGAGAAGAAGAUGGAAAAGUACAGACGAGGAACAGGAGUAAAUUUAAAGAUGGGAAUUAAAAAUAAAAUUCACAGGCAAAGGCUACGACAAAAGGAAAAUCUCAUUGAGAGUAUGGCCGAGCAAGCUGCUCGCACUGAAAUUUUGUUGACCGAAACUCAUGGCUAUUUGGAAAAGGAUCCUGGAGAGACGACCACGCAAUUUAAACAGAGCGAAAUCGUUUCUAAUAUCGAUAUUACAAGCGCGACAAAGUAUUUUGAAUUGAAUUUAGAAUUUGGACCUUACAGUCUGAGGUACACGCGCAAUGGAAGGCAUCUCGUUGUAGGUGGUAAGAAAGGGCACGUCGCAGCGUUUGAUUGGAUUACAAAAAAAUUAGCCUGCGAAAUGAAUGUCAUGGAGUCAGUUCACGAUGUUUGUUGGUUGCACAUAGAAACGAUGUUUGCAGUGGCGCAGAAAGAUUGGGUUUACAUCUACGAUAAUCAAGGAAUCGAACUUCAUUGUCUCAAAAGAAUGAAUCGAGCUACGCGUUUAGAAUUUCUACCCUAUCACUUUCUCUUGGCUUCGUCGUCGUCGCUUGGUGGCCUUACUUGGCUCGAUAUUUCCAUUGGCAAAAUUAUUUCUCGUUAUGAUUCAAAAAUUGGAAAAAUAGACGUAAUGACUCAAAACCCAUAUAAUGCUUUAUUAUGCGUUGGUGAUUCGAAAGGAGUAGUAUCAAUGUGGUCGCCAAAUGUGCAACAACCGUUAGCGAAAAUGUUAUGCCAUAAACAAGCUAUAACAGCUUGUGCGGUACAUCCAUACGGUACAUAUAUGGCGACAAGUUCUCCAGAUCGAACACUUAAAGUGUGGGACAUAAGGCAGUUAGCAGGGCCGGUUCACAGUUCAAUUUUACGUUCUACAGCAGAAAAUUUAUCGUACAGCCAAAGCGGUUUGUUGGCUGUUGGAAUGGGAAAUGUUGUUGAAGUGUUCAGCGAUACGAAUAAUGACUUUAAGCCUUAUACUCGACAUAAGACUAAUUGGAGUAUAUCAGAUUUACAAUUUUGUCCGUACGAAGAUGCUUUAGGAUUUGGCACUGCUAAAGGACUCUCGUCGAUUCUUGUACCUGGAUGUGCCGAAGCUAACUUUGAUGCACUUGAAAUAAAUCCAUACCAAACGAAGAAGCAAAGAAGAGAAGCGGAAGUUAAAGCAUUGCUCGACAAAAUUCAGCCUGAACUUAUUACUUUGGAUACGACUGCGAUAGCUGAAAUUGAUGUACCGACAUUACAAAGGAAGGUUGAAGAGAAAAAGAAAUUACUGUUUAUUAAGCCAAAGACAAUUGACUUUAAGCCACGCAGGUCCAAAGCUAAAGGAAAAGGUGGCACUGCCAAGAUCGUUAAGUCUAAAAAAGCAUUAAAGGAAUUAGCUCGUCGAGAGGCUAUUGAGGCAAUGCGCCAGGCGAAGACUCUUAUAGAUACAAAAAAGAUCGAAUUACAGAAGAAAUCUUAUGGAGUUUUAAAUAGAUUCAUACCUAAAGCGAAACAAACAAAAUGUUAGUUUUGUUGAAUUACGUUUUGGUUGUAUAAAAUAUGGAAGCAUAACAUUUAAAAGAUGUACAAUGUUGUAAUAUA